AUGGAGGGUGCGGAGGCCGGGGCCCGGGCCACCUUCGGCGCAUGGGACUACGGCGUGUUCGCGACCAUGCUGCUGGUGUCCACGGGCAUCGGGCUAUGGGUCGGCCUGGCCCGCGGUGGCCAGCGCAGUGCCGACGACUUCUUUACCGGGGGCCGGCAGUUGGCAGCCGUUCCUGUGGGGCUGUCGCUGGCCGCCAGUUUCAUGUCGGCUGUGCAGGUGCUCGGGGUCCCCGCCGAGGCAGCGCGCUACGGGCUCAAGUUCCUGUGGAUGUGCGCGGGUCAGUUGCUCAACUCGCUGCUCACAGCGUUUCUCUUCUUGCCGAUCUUCUACCGCCUGGGCCUUACCAGCACCUACCAGUACCUAGAGCUGCGCUUCAGCCGAGCGGUCCGGCUCUGCGGGACGCUGCAGUACUUGGUGGCCACGAUGCUGUAUACAGGCAUCGUGAUCUACGCGCCUGCGCUCAUCCUGAACCAAGUGACCGGGUUGGACAUCUGGGCAUCGCUCCUGUCCACAGGAAUCAUCUGCACCUUGUACACUACCGUGGGUGGUAUGAAGGCCGUGGUCUGGACAGAUGUGUUCCAGGUUGUGGUAAUGCUCGUUGGCUUCUGGGUGAUCCUGGCCCGAGGCGUCAUUCUCCUGGGGGGCCCCUGGAACGUGCUCAGCCUCGCUCAGAACCAUUCCCGGAUCAACCUGAUGGACUUUGACCCUGAUCCUCGGAGCCGGUACACCUUCUGGACUUUCAUAGUGGGUGGCACACUGGUGUGGCUCUCCAUGUAUGGUGUGAACCAAGCCCAGGUACAGCGCUACGUGGCCUGCCACACAGAGGGAAAGGCCAAACUGGCCCUGCUUGUCAACCAGCUGGGCCUCUUCCUGAUUGUGGCCAGUGCGGCUUGCUGUGGCAUUGUCAUGUUCGUCUACUACAAGGACUGUGACCCCCUCCUCACAGGCCGCAUCUCAGCCCCCGACCAGUACAUGCCGCUGCUUGUGUUGGAAAUUUUUGAGGAUCUGCCCGGGGUCCCCGGUCUCUUCCUGGCCUGUGCCUACAGUGGCACCCUCAGCACCGCGUCCACCAGCAUCAACGCCAUGGCAGCUGUGACUGUGGAAGACCUCAUCAAGCCGAGGAUGCCUGGCCUGGCACCUCGGAAGUUGGUUUUCAUCUCUAAAGGGCUCUCAUUCAUCUACGGCUCUGCCUGCCUCACUGUGGCUGCUCUGUCCUCACUGCUGGGAGGUGGUGUCCUCCAGGGUUCCUUCACUGUGAUGGGUGUCAUCAGUGGGCCUCUACUAGGCGCCUUCACGCUUGGGAUGCUGCUCCCAGCCUGCAACACGCCAGGCGUUCUCUCCGGGUUGGCAGCAGGCUUGGCUGUAUCCCUGUGGGUGGCCGUAGGGGCCACACUGUAUCCCCCUGGAGAGCAGACCAUGGGGGUGCUGCCCACCUCGGCUGCAGGCUGCACCAACGAUUCGGUCCUCCUGGGCCCACCCGGAGCCACCAACGCUUCCAACGGGAUCCCCAGUUCUGGAAUGGACACGGGCCGCCCUGCCCUCGCUGAUACCUUUUACGCCAUCUCCUAUCUCUAUUACGGGGCUCUGGGCACGCUGACCACCAUGCUUUGCGGUGCUCUCAUCAGCUACCUAACUGGUCCCACCAAGCGCAGCUCCCUGGGCCCCGGAUUGCUGUGGUGGGACCUUGCUCGACAGACAGCGUCUGUGGCCCCAAAGGAAGACACUGCCACCCUGGAGGAGAGCCUGGUGAAGGGACCGGAAGACAUCCCUGCUGUGACCAAGAAGCCCCCUGGCCUCAGGCCAGGCGCCGAGACCCACCCCCUGUAUCUGGGGCGCGAUGUGGAGACCAACCUCUGAGGGCGGGGUCUGAGAAGGCCAAUCACAGGCCUCGGGCCAGCAGCCUCCUUUCUGGAUGGUUGGACCUGAGCAUAUACAGAAGCUUGGCUGAUACAUGCCCUGCCCAGAAGUCCCUGUGUCCCACCCGCAC